AUGGAGGGCGGCGAGGCGGCGGGCGGCCCGGGGCGGCCGCUGAGCGACGCGGAGCUGGCGGGGCUGGCCAAGGAGGAGCUGGUGCGCCGUCUGCGGCAGGAGGAGGCGGAGAAGCUGGCGGCGCUGGUGCAGCGCGGCCGCCUCAUGCAGGAGGUCAACCGGCAGCUGCAGGGCCACCUGGGCGAGAUCCGCGAGCUCAAGCAGGUCAACCGACGGCUGCAGGACGAGAACCGCGAGCUGCGCGACCUCUGCUGCUUCCUGGACCACGAGCGCCAGAAGGGCCGCCGCGUGGCCCGCGAGUGGCAGCUCUUCGGGGCGCACGCGUCCCGGGCCGUGCGCGACGAGCUGGCCGGCUGCUGGCAGAAGCUGGCGCAGCUCGAGGGGCGCCAGGACGAGCUGCUGCGAGAGAACCUGGCGCUCAAGGAGCUCUGCCUGGCGCUGGAGGAGGAGUGGGGCCCGCGGCCGGCGGCCGGGGCCGGGGCCGGGGCAGCCUCUGCCUCUGCGGCAGCCGCCGCGGCGGCAGCAGCAGGAGGAGGAGGAGGAGGAGGAGGAGGAGGAGCUGAGGCUGAGGCCGGGGCCGAGCCUGGAGGAGGCCCAGGAGGCCCCGGCCCCGACGGCCCGGGUGGUCCCGGGCCCGAGCUGGGGCUGCCCCCGUGCGGGGCCCGGGACGUGGGAGACGGCAGCUCGAGCACGGGCAGCGUGGGCAGCCCGGACCAGCUGCACCUGGCCUGCUCUCCGGACGACUGAGCGAGCCCCGCAGCCCCCAGCCCCUGCCCCUGCCCCUGCCGAGCUGGGAAGCGGCCUCGGGCUGCCGGCCCCGGCCCCAGCUCUGUCCAGCCCGGACGGAGGGGACAGACGCGCCCUUGCCCUUGGGCAAUAAAACUGCAGGAGAUCCCAGCCCACGGGCCUAGACCGUGCGUCUGUUUGGGGACCCAGAGGCGACUCGGGGCUGGGGGUGGGGUGGGGUGGGGAGCCAGACCCCUUUGGAGAUUGGGGUGACUUCCCGCGACGCCCAGCCGCGGGCCCUUUAUGUAGUGGAGGGAGCCUCAACCAGAAUGGCUUGUGCUUGGAGGGAGAUCCCUGGGGAAACCUUGGAGUUUGUCCCGGCUCCUCUGACCCCGAGAAGAUGGAGUGAGGAGGCAGCUGCCCCCCGGGAAUUAGUGAGGGAGCAAAUCUUUAGUGGACACCCAAGGGCCGGGGCUCAGAGGGGUCUAGAGAUUUCUGCAGCAAAACUAGGCCCAGAUCCAAGCCCUGAGGAGGAGCCCCCACCCUAUCCAGGCUCCUUCCUGCCCAGACCAGGAUGUUUCUGGCUAAGACAAUGGAGCAGGAAGCAGGUGGUGGGGUUUAAGGUCCAGAUAAAGAGGAGCCCGAGGUGAACCCCCCCCCUCCCCUGGGAUUUCAGAGCUGGCCAAGGGGCAGGAUACCUCGGGGCCUGGCUGGCAGGCCAUUGGGAUGACAGGGAAGUGAUUGCGGGGCACUGCUCCUCUUCCUGGCUAAUGUAGAAACUAUCCCUGUGGGAAAGGCAACCCCCCCAUUCCCAAGUUUCCCGGAAUCUUUGGAAUUGAGGAACCCAGAGGCUUGAGUCCUAUCCCUGGUCUAGCCACAAACUAGCCACCUAAUCUGGGACAAGACUACACUCUUCUCUUGGCCUCAGUUUCUCCAUUUGUAAGAUGAAGUUAGGUUGGAUGAUGCCUCAAAUCCAUUCCAGCUCUGACAUUGUGUGUUCUGUGUUCCAAGGUCACCCCUGCUCUGACAUCCUAUGUUCUAUGUUGUAAGGACACCGGCAUUGUGUUCUAAGAUCCUUCUCUGCCUGGAUAGACAAUUCCCAGAUCCCAGGGAGACACCACCCAAAGCCAACCUUCAGUUCUUUUAUUCCAUUUGGCCAAUUUGUACAAAAAUAGUCUCUUUAGGAAAAUAAAUAGCAGCCUCUCAGGAAAA